AUGCCGAUCAACAAAUUAUCUGCAAAGUCCUUGGACUUGGAUGUCCCAGACAAGCCACUAAUCUUUGUCGUCGAGGGGCGAUACCAGAAUUGGAUCAAGCCAAUCAUUCUGCUCGAGUGUCUCAACCAGGAUUAUGAUGCGGUCUGCCUAGAUGGGCCAGCUACAAGGACGGAGUGGUACACCAGAAUUCAUCCUCAACAAUAUGUACCAGCAAUGAUAGAUAGCUCUCUCGGUGAACGUAUUACCGCAUGGGACAGCUCUCAGAUCCUCUUACACCUGGCCAACAACUAUGAUGCUGAAAAAUCAUGGUCAGGAUCGACCGUCGCAGAGCAGUUGGAAAUUGGGAACUGGCUGACAUUUGAAACCGCGUCUCUUGGGCCUACCGCAAAGUAUUGGGUGUGGUAUUCUAUUCGGAAGCCAGAGAACAAGAACCCCAGCGCUGAAGACCAAAUGUUGAAUGAUCUGAGAAAACAAUACGGUAUCCUGGACAAACAUCUGUCUCAGCCUGGUCAAGCAUUUAUUGGCCUCAAAGAUCGACCAACAAUCGCUGACAUUGCCAUUUAUCCGUUCGCUGACGAUCCAACUAUGGCUCGCAUGGGACUAAGCAAAGACGACUUUCCAGCUUUGAAGGAAUGGAGCGCGAGAUUCUCGCAAAUUCCAGGAGUAUUGAAGGCGUAUAUGGAGAUGGACUCUAGAAAAGAGGAGAUUAUUGGGGAGUGA